CUUCUUGAUUUGAUCAUUCAUGGCGGCUUACGGUGCUGCGAUUUCUCUCAAGAAUACCAUUCAGUGUAUUAUACAAUCGUCUCGCGUUUUGCUGGUUCCUCCCUCUCCACAAGUCUUACAACCCGCCUUCGACGCGAUGGCCAGCUUGCAGAAAGCUCUGCUAAAGCUGGACGAGACGGGCUACAGCAAGAUCAGGACGAAGGUGAAUGCUUUGGAUGAACGAAUCAAAGAGGUCGUUUGGGAGUUCGAAGAUUUACUCGAAUCCCAUUGCACCCAUCAGAUUCUUCCACAGCUCGACCACUUGUCUUUCUCUGUAGAUCUGCAGAGUCUGCGGCAGAGUGUUGAUUGCUUCGUCGAGAGGGUGACAGCGAUGGAGGCGGAGUAUGGUAUUGAACUGCUGAAUAUGGCUGAAGAAGAAGGCGAACCUAUUUCCUCAAGAAUCGAUUUUGGUGGAAUCAACUCAGAGAUGGUUGGAUUGAAUGCUGAAUUUGAACAAGUUAGAGAUUAUUUUCUUAUAGAAGAUGAUGAGAGCAGUGGCUGCUAUGCACUCACUGGGAUGGCGGGUGUUGGAAAGACGGCUCUUGCUAAGAAAGUAUUUGAAGAUCCAUUGAUUCAGAGACAUUUCGAGCAUCGAGCAUGGGUCAAAGUGGGCAGAAAGUGUGAAUAUGGUGAAACAUUACGAUGUGUUCUAGCUCAAGUGGGUCCCAACACUCGCGACCAAAUGCUUACUCAAGAUGAUGACGACGAGGAGGAGGAGAAACUAGUUGAGCGUUUGGAACAUAGAUUAAGAGGUAAGAAAUGUCUGGUUGUGUUGGAUGAUGUAUGGGAAUGGGACACACCACUACUGGAGUAUGUGCUGGAAUUUGGAGAAAUGGUUGACUUCCUGAAACGGAAGAUCCGAAUCCUGUUUACAAGCAGGUUAGGAACUGAUGAAUUUCCAUUUCAGGAAGUACGGUUGUUGAAUGAGGAAGAAAGUAGGAAACUACUUAGCGAAAGUGUAUUCGGUGAAAAUGGCUUCCCUACUCACCUUGAGAAAUUGGGAGAGAAGAUUGCUAAAAAAUGUGAAGGUCUUCCACUUAUGAUAGUCAUAGUCGCAGAGCUCCUAGCCAAAGAAGACAAGACCCCACAAUACUGGACUCACGUAGCUCAAAAACAACACAAUUCAGUCUUCGUAAAUGCAUAUAAUCAAAUAUCAGAGGUACUUUUCCCAAGCUAUGACUACUUACGUCAGUAUUUAAAAAUGCUUUUCCUCUACUUGGGAGCUUUCCCUUCAUAUAGUGAUAUUGAAACACAUAGCUUGAGUCAUCGCUUGAGUGCUGAGGGGUUUCUUGAACCGAUUGGAAAACAAACUUUGAAAGAUUUUGUGGCCGAAUUCACUAGAAAGCUUGCUCGCAUGUAUCAUCUUGUGCUACUCGAAUCAAAUCGAAAAUCUUGGUUUUCGACAAACGUGUUUCGCGUACAUUCUUGCUGGCAACACUUGUGUAAGAAACAAGCUAGUAAGAUCAAGUUUUUACAUGUUUUACAAAGUUGCGAAGAUGUACUGAAAGACCACCGUCGGUUGUGUGCCCAUUACAAUACUUUAUUUGCCUUCAAGCAAGUACAUGAUUCAAUAAAAAGUGAUUGUGCACCCACUGUCCGUUCUCUACUUUGUUUUGGUCCUUACCACCAAUAUCCGUUGUCCAUAGAUGCUAUGGAUUUCAAGUUGUUGAGGGUGCUAGAUGCUCAUAAGGUCCGAUUUUACAAUAUCCCACUUGAAAUUCUAAAACUAAUUUGUCUAAAAUACCUUGCCUUAACUUGCAACAAAGAUCUCCCUCUUUCCAUAUCCAACCUUUUUCACCUUCAAUCAUUGAUUAUCUUGCCACAUAUGAACAUUAAGAAGCGUGGUGCUUCGUCACUUAUGCCAGUGGAAAUAUGGGACAUGCAAGAACUACAACGUAUUGAAGUCAUGGGAAGAGACCUACCAACCCCUAGUUUUGAUGCUACUUUGGACAAACUCUUCUGUCUUUUUGGUGUUAGUGCAAUGAGUUGCACAAGACAAAUUCUUAAAAGAAUACCUAACUUAAGGAGAUUAGAAAUUCGGAUGGAGUUGAAGCCUUAUGAUGAUGACGACGAUGGCAAACAAUUGAGUGGCUUGGAACAUAUUUCAGAAGAACUCCAAAAUUUGGAACAUAUGUAUUAUCGUCUUAACUAUUAUGUGGUGAACUCUAAGAUGAAGUACGAGUCUAUGGUUCCUCUUUCAAUGUUCCCACCAAGUCUAACAAUGUUGUAUCUGAGUGGCUUGGGGUGUCCAUGGAAGCACAUGAAUGAUAUUGGUUCGCUGCUACCAAAUCUUAAGGGCCUCGAAUUAGAACACUAUGCCUUUCGAGGUCCAGAGUGGGAUAUAGAAUCAGAGAGUUUUCUAAAACUUGAGAGACUUGUAAUUGAAGACACUGAUUUGGUGCUAUGGAGAGCUCAACAUGGAAGCCUUCCAAGGCUUCACCUCCUGAGCAUACGUCAUUGCUACAAAUUACAACAACUCGAUUGGAUGCGUGGUCCUUCCAUGAGCAGAACUGCAAUUGAAUUGGUUGAGUGCAAUCCUUCAGUUAUCGAUUUCGCCAAGCAGUUAAGACCAGAAUCUCUCUUUACAGUUCGUUGUCACUCUUCUUUUUGAGAUGAAAAGUCAUAGCUAGACUCCCAACUUGGUUAGCAGGGCAAAUGAGAGACCAUAAAGGUGUAGGUGUUUAAAGGCAAAUGAGACAUCAUAGGAGGUUAUGAAUACUAAAUUAUGUUUGUGGGAGAAACUUGUGAGAAAACACUACAUACAUUUUCCAUAAGUCAGGAUUGUAUUUAUAUAACCUCUCCAUGUUAUAAAUGGUUUUCACUUUGUUUUGAUA